GUUUCAUUUCUUUUAUCUCACAAUUUAAUACGUUUUCCAUCUUUUUGCCGGUUAUUAGCGCGCUCAUCACUGUAUAGUCGUUGUAAUAACGAUAAUUGUCCAUAUUAUGUAGUGUAGUAUAUAGUAGUAUACGUAUAUAUAGUAUGUAGUAUAACAUAUAAUAAGUCAGUGUUAAUAAAUAGUUAUUCAAAGGAAGUUUUAACAAUUUUGUAUUGUGUUAUUUGUAUGUGAGCAACCAAAUCAAAAUGAAUCCUCUAGCUAUUCUUCUCCACAUAUUUUUAGUUUGUUUCUCGUUAAAUGGCGCUGAAGUAGGACCAAUAGUCACGCUAAACAAUGGAGGAAAAAUCCAAGGUCGAGAGUUCUCUUCUCACAACGGUAAGUCUUGUUACGCUUUUCAAGAAGUUCCAUAUGCAGCACCACCCGUAGGGAAUCUCCGAUUCAAGGACCCAAUUGAACCAAAACCGUGGAGUGAAGUACUACAAACUACGAAAAAUACAAAGAUCUGUAUGCAGCUACAACACAGCGAUCCAAGAGAGACGGAAGACUGUCUUUAUCUCAACGUUUAUACCCCAGCGAAGGACUUUCAAACCAGUUCAUUGCCAGUAUAUGUAUUCCUCCACGGUGGUUUUCUCAUUAGAUGGGACAGUUCAUUUGAAAGCUUUGGUCCACAAUUUCUAAUGGAUUAUGGAAUCAUAUUGGUUACGCUGAAUUACAGACUCGGAGCUUUCGGAUUUUUAAGCACAGGAGACGAAACAAUUCCAGGAAAUUAUGGUUUUAAAGAUCAAAACCUCGCGCUCAAAUGGGUUCAAAUAAAUAUAAAGAAUUUUGGAGGAGAUCCAGACAAAGUAACGUUUGGAGGUCAAAGUGCAGGAGCUAAUAGUGUCGGACAUCACAUUCUAAGUGAAAAAUCUAAAGGUCUUUUUAGAGCCGCAAUCCAAGAAAGUGGAUCACCGUUGUGUUCUAAAAUGUUUAUGAAGCAUCCUAGAUAUUUUGCAGUUCAGCUAGCUAAAGCAUUGGAUGAUAAAAUAACCGAAGAAAGUUCAUCCGCAGAUAUUUUGGAUGUCGUUAUUAAUGUCAGUGCAAAAGAUAUUAAAGAUAAGAGUGAUUUGCCAAUACCAGAUAACUUGAGAAAUUGUGUCGGAAAUAUAGGAAGCGCAGUGUGGAAUCCAGUACUCGAAAACCAAGAAGACGGCUUUGUUAAAGGACUGAUGCAUGAAAAUUUUAAAUAUGGAAAUUUCACCAAAGUUCCUGUUUUGAUUGGGUUUAAUUCCGAAGAAGAAGUAUUUUACAAUUUAGUGCUUACAAAAUCCAAAGCAGGUUAUAUGGACAGCACCAACAAAUAUAUGGUGAACGGAAACUUAAAUAUCAAAGAAGAAAACAUAUUACCAACUGGAAACAAGUUAAAGAAAAUUUAUACUGACAAGACGUUUGAAGAAGACUUUUUGGCAUUGGUUAAGUUUGCAACUGAUGCUAAAUAUACCACUGGAAUCUGUAGACAAAUUGAACUUCAAUCCAAAUUUGCAGAUGUUUAUAUGUAUCAAUUUUCAUACGAUGGUCUAUUGGGAGGCGUCAAUAAUAGUGUACCUGGUGUCGGACACACCGAGGAGCUGAAUUAUUUAUUCCAAUCGUCGAAAAACAGCAAUAUUAAUGAAUACCCGCCAGAAGAUUUAAAAGUUCAGAAAGAUCUCCUGACAUUAUGGACCAACUUCAUUAAAUAUUUAGACCCUAUGCCAACUAAGAAAUGGACCAAAGCCAACGGCGAAAAUCUGAUUUACAUGGAUAUAAACAACGAGUUGCAACUUAAGUCAAAUCCUAGAUACUAUCAAGAAAUACGAGAAAUUUACAAUGAAUAUGCAGAAGAAAUCCAAUACACUUACUAAUCUUUUUUAUUAACGUAUGAAAUAAAGCAUUUUAUAAAAA